AUGCCCGCGCGCAAGCUCAUUGUGCGCUUCGACGACACGAGCCCGUCCAAGGAGAAGGACGAGUUCGAGCAGGCCAUCUUGCAGGAACUCGCGCGCCUCAACGUAUGUACACGAUCGAUGGCCUCCUGCUCACCGUGUGGUCUUCUUCUCGCGUAG